AUGGCGAAGCGUGAGCUAUCCAGCACACUGAAGAAUUUGAAGGUAAACAGGCUGAGUUCCGGGGCUGCCUUUUCCCUCUAGAAAGGUGUAUUUAAUUUUUAGUGUUGCCUCUUCUCUUCAAUUACUCUAGUUCAUGCAAAGAGCUUCUCCGAAAGUGGAGAAACCUAAAGAGGAAGAGGUCAAGUUGAAACCAGACGAUGGCUUUAGUUCGCUCGCUUCUGUCAGCAGAAAGUGGUACGAAUCGCCGAAGCUGGACUUCGUAUCAGCAUUCUUGAAUAUUCUCUCCUCCAACUAGUCUUUGAUUUGCUCUUCAGAAAUUCCGAGAGAUAAAUAUUUUAUUGUUAGUUUUUCACGGUUAAUUAUUUUCUUUUUAAUGCAAACUGCAGAUGAGGUUCAUUUUUCAUACCAGAAAAUUAUACUGCUUAACCGAUUCCUAACCCAUUGGUAUAUCCUCAGUUUUUUUAAUAAUCGUGUUAUGGCAAAAACAAUUGCAUCGUUUCAAAUUUUAAAUGAUAUUAUUUUUAUUCCAGCUGAAGACAAAAAGGACGUAUGUUAUCAAGAUAAGCCCCUUAAAAACUUGCCAAGCAGAGGUAAAACAAAAUGAGUUAUAUAUUUGGUAAUUUCGUUGGAGACCUUUAUAUAACCCCAAUCCAUGAUGCGAAUCAGUUAGGGGGAGAUUUUACUCCCCAAACUCAGAGAGAUAUCUAGGAAUUGGGAACGGGACAGAUGUGGGAGAAGAUUUUGUCAGGAAAGUGUAGCCUAUAUAGCUGAUGCAUGAUGCGUAAUAGACUUUGCAAUUAAACAGCAGUCGAAGACAGGACGUUUUAGUGGUUGACUCUGCACGCCAGAGACAAUACGUCACAGUAAAUAUUAUGUACUAGCGGUUUCUUUUAUCUGAACUGUGUAGGAGAGGAGGUCACACACUCACGUGGAGAGGAUAAUUAGAUUGCAAGAGCUCAUAAAAUAUGUUGACAUUUUCUUUUGAUUUUCAGGGAUUUGGCAGUGUGACAUAAUAGUGCAUCUGUCCCAAACAAAACCUUUAAGAGGAAACAUAGUUUUCUAAUUACUAAGCUACUGCACGUGGAAAAUUAGACGGAAUGGAUGUGAAUAAUGCGCCUCAUAAUUACUCUUUACUAUUCAAUGAUGUCAGCCUGUUGCUGGUCUGUUCCAUAUACAAGGAUUAGACUGAAAUUCUCAGAAGAGAUGAAACCGAGGAGAUAAAGUUAAUAUUCAAUUGGAGAAUAAUUUGGCGCUUAUCAGACUAUUAAUGAGAAAAGAAACUAAAAAGUUAAUGAAGUGGCGUCCAAUCCUUUCCUGUGUGCUGAUCCCUUUUAUUUUGCUGCUUUUUUGCAUGGUCCGUCUGUUGUUCUGUUUUUAUGAUUAUAAGAACAAUGCAUUUUUUAUACUUGUCAGUUUUCAUACUAUUGUCUUCUUGUCACACCAUUUAAAGACUCGUUUGCUUGUCGAACUGUUGACUGGGUGUUACGGUCUACAUUUGACGAUAACACUCUUGCAACUUCUCAUUCUGAAAAUUGCCAGGGAAGGAAGUCAGAAAAAGUAAUAGCACUUUUUUUCUACCUUCUUCAUAUGACAUUGUGCAUGGUAGAUUAUUUGUAAUCUUACUUGCCGUUCAAAAUAUGCGGACUUCUUUGAUGGACUUGUUUUCAUCGUACUGAGAGAAUCUGUCAAGUACUAAGCAGUGUAUAAUUUAUCUCCUUGAUGGUCCAUUUGUUGUUUUUAUACGUUGUCUUAUUUUAUUCUUCAAAAUCGCACGGAAUAUUUGCAAAUGAUAGGUCAUUUGCAAUUCUGCGUCUAUGUUUUAGGUCAAGUACGAAGCCUUAUUGUACAUUUGCCUUUUCUUUUCUUUUACUACGUGAACAUUUAAUUAAAUAAGUUUUCCUACUUACCAGUCUUCUGUGGCAUUCAAGUCUUUGUGAAAUAUUCUUCACAAUUGUUUUCCCUUUGAAUUGAUCAUCAGGAAUCAUACAUGUUGCAUUCAGCCUUACUUUGCUCUUCACUUUGCAGCAUAGUAAUUACAGAGGGAAACCCCUAUCAAGGGGAAGCAAAGGGAAGAAUGUCGUUCCAGAAUUUCAAUCCUUCAGUUGAUGUGAGUUGGAGGACGAUAAUUUAAGUGAUUGUAGAGCCACUAUAGAUUCCUGGCAAUCAACUCAUCCUUCUUAUAUGAGCCUUGUCUUUUAGAGAAUGUACCAAGGGGCUGCAGCUACACCGAGUCAGAGCACUUCGGGAAAUGAGAAUCAGAACAUGGCAGCUUCAGAAAGGUGAAAGCCUGAGCGUUUCCUCUAUUACUAGAAAGUAUUGGUCACCUUUGUUGUUAUUCAGCUGUUUUUACAUUUGUGCAUUAUUUUGACCCAUGACGAUGAUUAUAUAUUUCUGUGAGCAUUAUUGGUGAUUGCUUCCUUUCUUUGGAUGCCCCAGGGCGCUGUGCUCAGGUAGGCCCAUGUAAUUAAUUGUAUUUGACCUACUAUACAGAUUAGUCAUCCUCUGUGUAUUACGAUUAUUUUUUCGUGCGCACGAAUUCAUCCAUUCAUGCUUUUCUUGCAACAUCCGAGGUACAUUUCAGUUAAUGUUCAGUAGGUAUUGAUUCUUUGUCUUCUUGUCCUGUUCGGCAGUGCUGAUUGUCGAGCCAUGAACUUAACCUCGCUAGAUUUUCUUUCUUUUUUUGUUUUUCCGUUAAUGUCAGUAUUCUAAGCUGUUAUAAAAUUGGUUUAAAUUCUAUGAUUCUACUUCACAUAAAUCUUGAGCUGUUAGAUGAAAACUAUCCAGUAGAAAACAUAAAUUCUUAGGGCAACCAUCUUACUAUUUCCUGAGGUGGAAUUUAAUUCUGAAUCAUUAAUUAUUAUCCGCAAAAACAUUUUUGGCAUUAAUUUGCCUGCUCUGACGAUACUAUAUUCUCAUGUUUCAAUCCCAUUUUCAUAAUUAAUAAUCCGCUACACUUGAUUUUGACAAGCUGCAAUGGUUUAUUUCAUUUUGAUUCUGAAUACUAGCUGUGAUCAAGUGCUCCAAUCGGGGGGGCGCACAUCACUCUGAAAAAAGUCAACAGUAAUCCUUACAAUAAUAUGGGUGAUACCCAUAUUCUGCAUAGUUAUGGCAGAGUUGACUUCAGGCACUGCCCGUGUAAACUCAAGUACAAAUCUAGGCUACCAGGAACCGAAGAGAGCAUCGAGAUUCUGAUUCCGAGCUAUUUCAUCAUAUUCUCUUAGUUUUUUUACCAGUCAGUCAACUGGUGGUGUGGGCUUGCAAUGCCUGCCGAGGAAAUGGCCCGGAUCUAUCUCCCAUGCAUUUAUUCUUUUGCUUGGUGGGCAAGAAGAAUGAUUCUUUGUUCUUCUGCUACUGCAGAGAGAAUGGAGAUCCGUCAGAGGACAUGAUCGCAGGAAGCCCCAAGAACGGUCCCGCCGCUGACCUUAAAAGGAAGCAACCGGACGUGGACGGCGUUGACUCCCUUGGCCAUAAAUCUCUCGGAAAUCCGAGCGGAGACGGCAACGGGCAGGCCUCGUCGCGUGGUAACGGGAAAGGCUCCCACAAGCAGCAGAAGCGGGAUAAAAGGCUCGAUUGGAACGUCCUCAGGCCGCCCAAACUUCAGGCCAGGCGGAGUGGAAACCACUGA